UUUAACAACGUUGACUAAAUUGCUUCAAAUUCGCACAUUUUCUGCAGCGAUAAGUGGAAGCAUGUUGCUCGCUUUAAUAUUGUGUUGUUACCUUACGUCUCUUAAGGCAUUGGAAAAUGAGCCAAACCAAAAGUCAAAUUUGGAAGAACAACGGUCAUCAGAUUGUCCAAAUACAGCUAUCCUACUUAAGGCUAUUUAUAUACUGACGAACUUAAUACCACAAGACACCACUAUGUUGGAGCCUGAAAAACUUAACUAUGGACUAUCGACUGUGAUGAGGUUUCUAGAAAAGGAACCUUCAAAAGAUAAAUUUAAAUUAAAUAAUAACUUAAACAAUCUUGAAUCUCAAUUAGAUAAAAUAAUAGCAAGAAGCAAUGAACGUGUUUUGCGAGAUAAAAAUGCAGGUAAUUCGAAGGAAAAAUUUCCAUCGCAAUAUGAAACUCCAAUGACAUAUAAAUGCGAGUAUAUUUUGGGCACUUUAAUUUAUUUUAUAAAAAACGCUUACAUGCAUGUUGCCAAUUAUUGCAGAUUAACUGGAAAGUGUAGCGCCUAUGACUCGGCUCCUUUGAGCUUAAACUUUUCUGAUAACAUUUUAUCGCAUAAUACCAUGUCACAAAAUCAAAAACCACUACACGAUUUUAAAUAUUUAACAAAUUAUGAAACUCCCUUAACGAAAGCUGACAAAGAAAACAAUGCCAUGCCUCAAGUAAGCCAAGAAAUGAAACAGGAUUACGAUAUAAUGAGCAUUCUUCAAAAUUACAAACCUAUUUCAGAUAUUAAACAAGCGAAAGACGUACUGAACUAUUAUCCUGUAGAAAAUCUAGAAAAUAGGAAACAAAAAUCAUAUAAUGAAAUUUUAAAGCCUUUUGUAUAUGGUGACAAAGAGAAUUAUGCUCUAAAUGGUAUUUCUCCGCAACAAUUACCAAGCAGACCAAACGAUUUUAAUAAUAUUUCAUUCAAAGACAUUUUUUCAGCAAUAAACAAUCUUAAUACAAAUACAAAUCAAAAAGAAACAAACAUGUUAGCAGAUGCAGUGCUCUCCGCUAACAAUAUACCUAUACAAAGCUAUCCUACUGUUAUAGGCAAUAAAAAUCCUCUACAAGACUAUACAUCAAGCUAUUUUCAACAAGGCAUCGAACAAAACUCACAAUAUUUAACAAAUCACAACAAGGAACCUGAACUUAUAAAACAAAUACCACAACAAUAUGUUGGUAUUCCUAAUAAUCAAAACUUCUCUCCUUAUCCAUACCCAUAUCCAUAUCAGAGUUAUAAGGAAUCGCCAAAUCAAAAUACACAACUCUUGGGGCUUAACCAAAAACCUCAAUAUAAACUGACAAUUCCUAACUCGUUGACGUCACAAUAUAAUAAAUAUGUCAUCCCUAACGCCAUUAAUACGAUUAUUGCUGAUAAUACCAAACAAGAAAAUUAUGGCACUCAAUUACCUGCUUCGUCUCAGCCGCUUAGUGUAUCUAAUUUAGUUAAAUUGAAUUCUGUACCUAAGAAUUAUGGAAAUGUUGAAUUAACAUUCAUGCUUAAACGAUCGCAGCCAGUUUACGAACCAUUAUUUUAUGUCAAAUAUAAAAUGCCUUACAAUGAAUUCCUUUAUAAUAUUCAGAAUCUUCUAAUACAAAAACCUUACUUGAGAAGUAAACCUAAUCAACUAUACCAGGAACUACUAAGUGGUUCAAAUGUAAUAAAAACAUCAGAAAAUUUAAAAGAUCUGAAUGAUGAAGAACUCGUAAAACUUACUUCUACUAAUGGUACACUCAUUACAGCUAAAUUACUAGAAGAUCGCGAUAACGUUGAUAACGAAAAAUUAAAAGCAAUUCAAGAUUUAAAUGCUAAUUUGUCUGUUGCGAAUUUUCUAAAUUUAAACAUGAGUAACAACCAAACCUUAGAGCCAAUCCAAAAACUUCUUAAAGCAACAAUGACUGCUACAGGUUAUGAUAAUUCUUUCAAAAGUUACUCUGAUGCCGAACGUUCUGGAAUAAUGAACGGUUACAUUAAUUCUGAUUAUAAUACUCCAAUUGUAUAUCAACCAAGUCCUAAUGAUUAUAAUCCAUACAGUAAAAUUUUAGGUCCUGCUUAUUCAACAUUAUAUGGAAUACCUUUUACGGGAUACAAUACACAAUCUAAUAAUAUUGUAGAAAAAUUGUCAGCAGUAAAUUCACAGAGUCAAUUUAAUUCAUAUCCACAACUAGCAGGAUGAUAAUAUUAUUUUAUUGUAUUUGUAUCAUUAUUAAAUUAUAUUUAAAUUCUUA